AUGAGUCUUUCCAGCGGUGAUGAAGAUAGCGAUUGGGAGACGUUGGGCAGAGGAUUCCCUGAUCUUUCGCGGCUUUCGUUGAAGUUUCAAUGGGAUAGUUUUAUGUCAGACUUGCAGGGGGGUGCUACUUUUAGCGGGGCGCUGGAUCGUUUACAGACACUCAAGGCGAGGUGGGAUACUAUGUUACUGAACCUACCUUCGUAUGCAGAACGGGGAAGUUCUUCUCCGCAUGACGAUGGCAAAAAAGGUACAAGGGAUGAAUCAGGUACUGAUUCAAAGGAUAAGGCUAGUGCUGGUAUCGGUAUUGCCAAUGAGGAGAUAAAGGGUCCGGAGCAUACCGAUCCUACUGUUGUGACUAAGGUUCAUUCGGUGAUGCAUCCGACGAUGUACACGAACGAUUUAGUGAUGCCAAUGGAUAAAGAAUAUACGGAAUUAACGCAUUGGGAUGUAAAAUUCAAUCAGGAUGAGGAUGCGUUAAGGUCGAGGAUCAAAAAAAUCAGAGCGUUGGUUGAUUUGUCAGAAACACAAAAGGCAUCCAUGAUCCAAACGCUAAUGAUGAAGCAUGCCACUGUACCAAGCGAGCAUACCGGUUGUUCGCAUUCGCAUGAAUCUGACGAGCUGGUCUCUAAGGGUAAUCAUGUAUCGGAAUACAAUUUCGAUCCGCCAGAACCCACUGAAGAGGAUAAGAAGGAUAUAGACCAAAUACCUGGGGUUCGAGGGUGUCCGCAUUACCAGCGGAACUGUAAGUUACUCUGCAGUCAAUGUAACAAGUGGGUAUCUUGCCGGUUCUGUCAUGAUGAAGAAAUCGAUGACCAUCAUUUCCAAAGGGAGGCGACGCAAUGGAUUCUUUGCACGAGUUGUUUCCACUAUCAGGCGCCAUCAACACACUGUGAUCAUUGUGGCAUUGAAUUUGCAUUAUACUAUUGCCCAAUAUGCAUACUUUACGAUAAUGACGAGACUAAAGAUAUAUACCAUUGUGAUAAGUGUGGGAUAUGUCGACUUGGACUUGGGUUGGGACAAGAUUUCUUCCAUUGUGACCAAUGUGAUGCAUGUCUUUCCAUUGAGUUAUUGGGGAACCAUAAAUGUAUAGAGAACUCUACAAGGUCGAAUUGUCCAAUCUGUCGCGAGUAUAUGUUCACCAGUACGAUGGCUGUGGUUUAUAUGGACCCCUGUGGCCAUGCCAUCCAUCAGCAUUGUUUUGAUGAAUAUAUCAAACAUUCAUAUAAGUGUCCCAACUGUAAUGUCUCUGUGAUUAACAUGGAAAGAGAGUUUAGGAUAUUACACCAAGAGAUUCAAGAUUACAGGUUACCUGAGCCGUAUUGUUUUUGGAAAUGUAAGGUACAAUGUAACGACUGUCGCAAAAAGUCUAUGGUGGAUUACCAUAUCUUAGGGUUAUGUUGCCAGCAAUGUGGGAGUUACAAUACCAGACAGUUGGAAUUGAUCAAACCAGAGGAGGCCGAUAUUAUUGGAAGAACCAGUUCCAGCAAUGAUACCACACCUGCUUCUCGUACCCACAGUCGUUCAGGCAGCAAUGCCCAUACGGAUCGUAGACCAACAUUAACGUCCUCAUUGUCAGCAUUCCAACAACAGAAUAACCAAGAAUUACAACAACUGCGUGAUGAAUUGCUUCAUUCAAAUUUCCAGAGGGAGACUGUGAACUUGAAUUCGAACUGGUCAUUAGAUCAAGACCGUUUAAGGCAAAUGGAUGAUUAUUUGCGAGGAAUGGUGGAAACGAGGCGAGGUAAUCCCCGUACUGGAGGGUCAGCCGAAAACAAACAGGACGAUGAUGAUGACGAUGACUAUGACGGGCUCGGAUUUGCAACGAGGAUUACUAAUUUCAUAUCAAAACAGGCUCCAGACACCUCUGCGUUGCCGCAACUAUCACAGGCGUUUGCUCAAUUCUUGGGGUCGACACAUCAAGGUUUAUCAUCGAGUGACGAGGAUGAUAUAUGA